GUUCGAAACUUUUCUGCGGCGUCCCGCCAAACAUUCGAAGAUCACUUGCGUCCCAUCCGCAAACCAGUAUGGUACACGGCGCUCCAUCAGGCUCCAUGCGCUGACCACCACGACCCACCAGUAGAACCAUGAACAUCACCACCUACUGCAACCUCACAAACUUCUCCAAAUCUUACGAGCAGUUGCAUGGGGUCUUGAGUCUGACGCUAUGCGUGUUCGGGUCCAUCGCCAACGUCUUGAUGAUGACGGUGUUGCUAAGGAAGGACAUGAGAUGGCCUACGAACUUGAUCCUGACUGGGCUGGCCGUCGCUGACCUCCUGGUGAUGCUGGAGUAUAUCCCGUUCAGCUUACACAGGUAUUUCAACAAGGAGAGGAGGAACUAUGUGGGGAGUUUCAGCCACAACUGGGCCCUCUUCAUGUUUUUCCACGCUCUCUUCAGUCAAAUCGUUCAUUUUAUCUCUUGUUGUCUCACCGUCAUUUUGGCAGUCUGGAGGUAUGUCACGAUUUCUAAGCCACACAACACCAGAGUCUGGUUCGGGCUUAAGAGAACUUUCUACGUUAUUGUGAUAGUGUAUGUGUGUGCCCCAAUAAUAUGCAGCCCCAUCAUAUUCUCCCUUACAAUAAGACAUCACAAUCAAACUUGCGAUUCAUCCGGUAAGAUCAUAAAGAGGGAAGACCUCAAGACGUACAAAGGUGAAGUUAGAAGCGAACUGAUUUACGUCACAGACAUCGCCAGUGAAACAGCCAAAGUUAUAAGUUUUUGGGUGUAUAGUGUCGUCAUAAAAUUGGUACCAUGCAUCCUGCUCACUCAUCUAUCGUGGAAACUAGUCUCCAUACUGGUAGAGACCAAAAAGAGGAAAAAGGUUCUGUUGCAGACUGUCGUCAACUUGAAAGACAUGAAGACUUCGGGGUUGUUGACCAACAAGAAGAAGAAAGUUAAGCAGGCCGAUAGAACUUCGAACAUGUUGCUGGCGCUGUUGUUCCUCUUCCUAAUAACUGAGUUUCCUCAGGCUAUUCUUGGAUUGUUGAGUGCUAUAUUGGAAGAAUUCGAAAAACAAUGCUACAGACCGUUAGGGGAUUUUAUGGACAUCCUAGCCCUUAUCAACUCUGCCACCAAUGUCCUUCUCUACUGCACAAUGUCCCGUCAAUUCAGGACCACAUUCACGGAGAUGUAUAUGCCCAAGUGUGCUUUCAGCUGCUUCAAAUUGCCGCAAGAGAACGUACGAGCAUCUACGGCGGACAAAAAUGGAGAACGUACUCAGCUUUCGCACACGUAGCGUCAGUUGAAACCUUGUUAUACAACUGGAACAUUUGUCUGAGUGAUAAGUUUCCCUGUAAUGGGACUUUGCACUCCUAAUACAGCCAUCUUAUCGCAUUAGAUUCAGGAAAAAAGGAAUUUGUCCUGAUCGUCUAAAAAAUUACACAUUUCCCGAUUAAACAGAACAAAGGAGGUUUCCAUUCCAUCAGAUCCGAAAGGAGUUCUUUCCAAAUGCUGUCAACCGAUGAAGCGAAAGUGCGUAUGAAAAUGGAUCCUACGCAACAUACGAAAAAUUUCUCAUUUCGUCGCUUCAUCCUACUUUCUCAUUGACGUAGAAUCGAAUAUGAAACUCAUCAAUUUUCAAUUGACUGAAUACCAGGGGUAUGGUUUACGUCAUCAGCAUGGAAACAUUCGUGCUCAUGCUUGUCCCUAUCAAUACAUGAUACCUAUGAACUGGAAGAUCGUCAAAAAUUUCAAUAAAAUCGGGCACAAAUGAAAGAGUAUCACCCGAAAAUAAUCUCAAUGUGUUUUUGAUGAACUGCUAUAGUAUGGAAGACAUUUUGAAUACCAGUUCCUAUCAUUAAUGAUGACUAAUUAAAAAUAGGAACAGUAUUUCCCAAAGUGAAUUGCAACUGUUGAUGUGCAAGAAAGAUUUGUAUAUUACGUAAAUUUGUAUGUCUAUGGAUUUGUUUGAAUAAACUGAAAUCAGAAGUUUA